UUUGUCACCUCAGUAUCGGCAUCAGUCGGUCUUCUGCACUCUCAGUGGCAACCUAACAAAAAUCUACCUAUCAAAAAUGAAACUGCUCGUGGUUGCCUGCGCCCUCGUGGCCGUCGCCUGCGCCGCUCCCCCUGCCUCUGACGUAGAGGCUAAGAUCGUGCGCUCCGAAUUCGAACAGCAGCCCGAGGGAGGCUAUGUUUACAGCUUCGAGACCGACAACGGCAUCAACCGACAGGAGAACGGCGAGGUGAAGGAGGCUCUCGACGAGGAGAACAAGCCACACAACGUGGUGGUCGUCCGCGGCUCGUACUCGUACACGGACCCUGAGGGCAAGCCGCAGACCAUCACCUACGUCGCUGACGAAACCGGCUUCCACGCGGAGGGUGACUCCAUCCCCAAGGAGCCCGUGUCCAGGAGAUAAGCGCCAUCCAAAUGUCGCCGGUGAGCCCCCGUCAGUGGAUCACUGCCGGUUGAUCUUCGGCUGUAUGGUGCCUCUAGACUAAGACCAAGUUGUUGCCACAACUGUUGCUCGUUAUUGUGCGAUGCUCACUGCCAUGUUUGUACCUUAAGUUUUGUUAAGUUUUAUACGAGAGUACUACGAGAGUAUUAUCAAUAAACAUCACUGUACUACUA